AUGGUUGGAUGCCCAAGAAAAGGCUUGGAUGAAUGUCAAGUCGACUCUGACAAACAGCCCAGUGUUAAAAUUUAUAAUCCGACUGAGACAUGCAAAGUGUCGGCUGAUGCAUCCAAGGAUGGAAUCGGGGCAGUUUUGCCGCAACAACAGACCAAUCAAGUAUGGGCACCUGUGGCAUACGCGUCACGUUCAAUGACAAGUGCUGAGACACACUAUGCCCACAUUGAAAAGGAGUGUUUGGCGCUGACAUUUGCGUGUGAACGUUUUCACCAGUUCCUGUUUGGCCAGAAAGUACUGGCAGAAACGGAUCACAAGCCUCUAAUCUCCAUCUUCAAAAAACCACUGUCAGAUAGUCCACUUAGACUUCAGCGAAUGCGUAUCAGACUACAAAAAUAUGAUCUUAGCCUAACAUAUACCCCAGGUAAAGAACUAUGGGCUGCAGAUGCGAUGUCAAGAGCUGUUGACAAAACCACAGCAGCUGAAGAAGAUCAACGCUUAGAAAAUUAUGUUGAGGCAUACAUCAGAAUGGUAAUUACAUCGCUACCAGUGGCGCAAUCUCAGAUGCAGAAUAUAAAAGCUGCAACUCAGGGAGAUGAAACUCUGUUGCAGUUCCGCAAAACAAUCCGAGAGAGAUGGCCAGACAAGCGGACACAAUGCCCUUCAAGCAUUGUCGAAUUCUGGAACUACAGGGACGAGUUAGAUAAGCAAAAGACAGAGCCCUUGCAACAACAUAAGUUGACUACCCGACCUUGGGAGAAAGUUGGAGCGGACCUGUUUGAGGUUGACGGCAAAGAUUACAUUGCAGUGGUGGAUUACUCGCAAUAUGUAGAGAUUGCUACCCUACCUAGCACUACUAGCAAGAAUGUAAUAAAUUCCAUUAGAUCCAUCUUUGCUUGUCACGGUACAGCAAUAGAACUGAUCAGCGAUAAUGGGCCACAGUUUGCAAGUAAAGAGUUCAAAAACUUUGCUACAAUGUGGAAUUUUAAGCAUACAACUUCAAGCCCUCACCAUCCUGCAUCCAACGGCCAAGCUGAAAAUGCAGUCAAAAUAGUGAAAACCAUGAUCCGUAAAGUCAAAGAUAGUGGCGAAGACCUACAUUUGGCUUUACAAGUAUAUAGGAGUACACCGCUUGAACAUGGAGUGUCACCAGCAGAACUACUCUUCAACAGGAAGAUAAAAUCCAACUUGUCGAUCAAACAUACCUUGUUAAACCCAAAGCUUGGGGGGAAACAAACACAGAUUAUCAAGAAAAAGCUUAAACAACAGCAAAAGAGAAACUUUGACGAAAUAUCUACGCCAAUGGCACCUCUCCACGUAGGUGACACAGUGAGAGUACAGAAUAUCCAUCAUGGUCAAGGGCAGGCGUAA